AUGACUAUAAUUGGUACUAUUUGCGGAAAAGGGGUAAUUGAUUUAACCCUGCGUAAAUCAAAGGCUGCUCAGAAAGAAGCUGCUGGUUCUAAAAAGAGAAAGAGGGAAGACGGUGAAGAGGAAAAUGUCGAUGUAAAUGCUAGAGUAGAAAAAGAAAAUCAAGACGAUUCCUACAUUAUUGAAUCAUCAUCACACUCCAUUAACCUGACAGGCCCUACUUCAUCCAAAUCCACAGCCUCUACCUCAUUAAAGGCAAUAGAGAUGGUUACUUUAAGCGAAACCAAGGACCUUAUUGUUCCUAACAUCGCGCUUUGCGACAACAUUACCAUCAACGCUCAAACUAAUCUGUGA